AUGUAUAUUGCUUCGGAGGGUGGUCAGGGAGACCCAAUGCCUGCAUGCCUUGUCACAGUGGAUAAGUAUUUGGCCAAGACCAUGGAUAUGUGGAACCGUGACCCAGAGAAAUGGAAACAGCUGAGAGAUUUGGAGCCUACAGAGGAGAAUUUGUCGAAGAUUGUCGCCAAUGCAACUUUACUUUCAUGGAGGUAUCGCCAUGAAGCCAGAGGAGGAGUCACAGCUCGAGCCCUGCCUCAAAGCUCCAAUGCGCAGCUGCUUGCCCUUGCCAAAUGUCACAUGGCAGAGUUGAGCACCGUGGCGAAGACAGAUGCUGCGGAGAUGGUGGUGGAGCAACUGGUUACCAUCGUGCCAAAAAGGUUGAAGGCUGAAAAGUAUUCGCCUGAGGGCAGAGACCAAUUAGCUCAUGAGCUCAUGGACUACGGAACCUUCUUGCUGGCUAACCUUGUGCAGGCAGAAAAAUCCGUCAGCGUACCAAAGUUGAAAGGCCCUCGCUUUCAGGAAGCUGCUAGCCUAGUUUGGGAGAGGAAGCAGGAUGACGUAAAAGUCCUUGCGGCUUUAUCCUAUGUGUUGCAGGCUGUGUCUGCCAACAUAACAAAGUGGCAAGUGCAGAUGAACGAUGGUGGUGAUUGGACAGAUAUGGCUGCAGAGCAACAGCUAGCCCUACGCACGGCUGUGUCCAAAGGCGAGACGGUACUACAUUUCCGCGCUCGCGGCUUCCCAUAUGAAAUUGACCUCAAGGAGAUGACCCAGACGAACUUGAAGAGUGGUACCUCCCGCAAGAUACAAGAGGUGUCCGUGACCUCCUUCGGCGAGGGUGGUGCGGAAGAGUCCAAGCCGUACAAGUGGCAGGUCUCAAAUGGAAAAGGUGGUUGGUGGGACUUCCCGCCAGAAGUUGAUACAGUUGUUAAAGAUGCCAAAGCUGCUGGGCUGACGGUGGUGACGUGCGUGAUCAGGGGGCAGCCGUACGAAGUGGACCUGAACAAAAUGACCCAGAAGAACACAAAGACUGGUACCAAGCGUGAGAUUCGUACCUGUGAAAUUUGA